AUGGGAGACAUUGCGGUAGAGAGCUUUGAGGCCCGGCACAUUAUCGAUGGCCUCCAGGGCCAUGACACAGUGGAAACCUUGAUUGUCACGUUAGAAUCAUGGGUUUUGCAGGCUGUGGAACAAUUCAAGAGCAACAACGGAUUGCUCAAGGUAGGGAGCACAGGUGAUGUUUCCGAUAAUGGUUUUGAUGUGAAUAUUCAUCUCGACGGGGAAGCCCGGGACAUGUUGACGCAAUGGCGAGGGGAAGUUCGCCAGGCAGUGCACAAAUACCACGAGGCUGCGUCCGAUUGUUCAGUUUCUUUAGUGUUGGAGGGCAGCCCUGAAACUGGCCGCCCCGACACACUCCUGGUCUUGAGACUUUUGGGGAAGAGUCAAGCUUUGGUACAGGAAGAAGCGCCCAAGAGCCUGUGCCAAGAGAAGAGCUUGUGCCAAGAGGGGAGUUUAUGUCAAGAGAAACAGUGUUCUCCGCUUCUGGAGAUUAUUUGUCAGACCCAUCCAGAAGGGUUGGAAUUUCAUGUCGCCUCGCCUCUCCCAGAUGGAGUGCGAGAAUUCAUACAAAGUCUGGAUCUGCGGGUUCGGCAGUCCGUUGCCGACCUCACUUUCACAAAUGUCUCGGCAAACUCGACGUCUGCUCCAUCAGACAAUGAGCUCAAGACAAUAUGGGCUUGGAACUCCACAGUCUCCGCGAUAGUACCGAGAUGUGUUCACGAUAUUAUCGCCGAACAAGUCACCCGACGACCAGUUGCGCCAGCAGUCUCUGCCUGGGAUGGUGACCUAGACUAUCAUCAGCUGGACAGAAGCUCGACUCGACUAGCUCAUUACCUAGUGCAUCUGGGAGCUGGGCCGGAUGAUAUCAUCCCCCUCUGUUUCGAAAAGUCCAAGUGGAUGAUGGUAGCCAUCUUGGCAGUAAUGAAAUCCGGGGCAGUCAUCGCUGCCUUGGACCCAACUCAGCCCGAGUCUCGUUUGCAGACGAUCGUGAAACAGCUACAACCACGCUGGAUCCUUGCAUCGCCAGCGCAGAUCGAAGUGGCCACUCGUCUGGAAACCAAGGAUGUCAUUCUACUUGACGAAACCCACCUACAACGACUGCCAGAAUCCGAAAGCCAAGACCUUCCGCGCGUUGAUCCCUCGAGCAAUUUGUACAUAGUCUUCACGUCCGGUAGCACCGGAACGCCGAAGGGAGUCAUGAUCAAUCACACCAACUUUAGCAGUGCCAUUGCCCACCAAAAUGAGGCACUUGGGAUCAACGAAACGGCACGGGUCUUCGAUUUUUCUUCCUACGCCUUCGAUCUAUCCUGGGGGAAUAUCAUACACACGUUCGCUGUCGGUGGAUGUCUUUGCAUCCCGUCUGAAAUCGAGCGCCGAGGAAAUAUCACCGAGGCAAUUCGCAGGCUUGGAGUGAAUCAUCUCCAGCUGACCCCUACCGUUGCUCGCCUCAUUGACCCGCAAGAGAUACCCGACUUGCGAUUGAUUCUCUUGAUCGGAGAAGCAAUGACUCAAGCUGAUGUUGCUCAAUGGACACCACACUGUACACUAAUUAAUUCAUACGGGCCCGCCGAAUGCACGGUGGCGGUGACCUUCCUGACAAUCCCUCAAGGCACAGCUUGGGAUUCAAGUAUGGGCAAAGGAGUCGGUUGCAAUACCUGGAUCGUCGAUGAAGCCCAUGGGGAUACGUUAGUCCCUCUUGGUCACACAGGAGAGCUGUGGCUCGAGGGACCUCUGGUCGGACAGGGGUAUUUCGGAGACCCCACGAAGACCGCAGCAAGUUUUGUGGAGGAUCCUGCUUGGCUGACGCAGGGAGGUCCUGACAUCCCAGGACGCCGAGGGCGGCUAUACAAAACUGGAGAUCUCGUGCGGUACAACCCGGAUGGCUCGUUGGUCUAUUCUGCUCGCAAGGACACACAGAUCAAGAUUCGGGGCCAGCGUGUCGAGCUUGGUGAUGUGGAAUACCAUCUCAAGCUUGCACUGCCCAGCAACAUUCCGUCCGUUGCAGCCGAGGCCAUCACCCCGCGCGGAAGCGAUGAUGCGAUCCUGAUAGCUUUCAUACCCGUCGGCGAAGCUGCAAGUGAGGAUGUUAAAAGAACCAGAGAGGUCCUUGGUAGCUGUAUCAAUGGGGUUGGGGGAUACCUGACCGAUCGACUGCCUAGCUAUAUGGUGCCCAGCAUGUAUCUUGCCGUCCCCGAUAUUCCUAUGAGCGCCACGGGAAAAACAGACCGAUUGCGACUCCGAGAGAUUGGAUCUUCUCUCACCCUAGAUCAGUUGACAAAGUUGCAGCCCUCACGAGCAGCGGCGAAUGAGGCUCCUCAGACCGAGAUGGAGCAGCGGCUUCAACAGCUUUGGGCGGAUGUGCUGCGCCUGGAUGCCUCUCAAAUUGGCACAAACGAGAGCUUCUUCCUUCUGGGAGGGGACUCAAUUUCGGCUAUGCGGGUUGCCGCCAAAUCCCUGUCGAGAGGAGUUCACGUAACGGUGCAAGAUAUAUUCAAGCACAAGACAAUCGCGAGUCUCGCGCGGCGGGAGAGUCAACCCGAUCAUCCGACCAAUCAGAGUCAAGGGCUGCGCGACAAGCCAUUUGGCCUGUCUCCCACUCAACAACUUUUCUUCAAUCACCACCAGGACAAACAUGGAUAUUCGAAUCAAAGCUGCUUCUUGCGCGUCACCCAGAUACAGCAGCCUGAUGCUGUGCGGGACGCCAUCCGUCUGCUCGUCGGUCGGCACUCGAUGUUGCGCGCUCGCUUUCACCAAGGCGGCGACGGAACGUGGAUGCAACAGAUCGCUCCAUGUACUGAUGAAUCAUAUAAGUAUCUGAAUCACCGCGUGCAAUCUUUGGACGAGGCCACUACGGCGCUCAACAAUAGCCAGCAGUCUUUAGACAUCCGUGCCGGUCCCUUGUUUGCGGUCGAUCUGAUCGACACCCCAGGCCAACAGCACCUAUUUCUCACAGCGCAUGUCUUGGUUAUCGACAUUUUGUCCUGGAAGAUUAUCCUGGAAGAGCUGGAAGAAUGUCUUGUGACUGGAACCAUUGCUCGUUCCUCUCCGCCACCCUCCUUCGAGACGUGGUGCCAACUCCAGGAAAAACACGUCAAGGAAAAUCCGAUUUCUGAUGAGAUUGCAGCAAUUGACACUCAGUUUCCUUGGGAAAAAUACUGGGGAGUUUCGCCAGGACUCAACACAUAUGGCGACGCCAAGGAGACCCGCUUCGCCCUCAGCCAGGAAACAACCGGCAACAUACUUGGACCAGCGAACCGCGCGUUCCAGACCCAACCAACCGACAUAUUCCUAGCGGCACUGUCACACUCGUUUACAAAGACCUUGACCGACAGAGAGCCUCCAAUCAUUUUCAGCGAGCUUCACGGGACGGAGUCAUGGAGUCCAACCAUCGACCAAUCCAGGCCAGUUGGCUGUCUUACCACCUUGACGCCCUUGCCAUUGGCACCAAACUCUGACAGAAACACUACUCCCAGACUCGUCCGUUUUAUCAAAGAUAGCCGGAGACAGAUACCCGACUGGUGCUCUUACCUCCCAUCCCGACACUUGAACUCCGCCGGCGGAGAGGAAUUCGGCAGCCAAGCCAGUCCUGAGAUUACUUUCAACUACCUCGAGCCCGAUAGAAGACCGGCAGACGAUAACGCGCUCCUUCAACCUUGCUCCAGGCCCCAGGACCUUUUGCCAGAUGUUGCAGACAACAUGGACAGGCUUUCCCUGAUCAAUGUUUCCGCAGAGGUCACCGGAGGGUGCCUGCAGUUUUGCUUCCAAUACACCAAGCAUAUACAGAAGCAGGGUGUUUUGACCAAUUGGAUUGCGGAAUUCGAGCGCUCAUUGGAGGAGAUGGCAACUCAGCUCAUCAAUAUGCAGCCUUGCUACACACUAUCCGACUUCCCCUUGUUGCCCCCUACACCUGCAAUGGGGAAGAACUUGGAGAGGCUUUCAGAGCUGGGGAUUUCGCAUGGCGACGUAGAAGACAUUUACCCAUGCAGCCCCUUGCAACAGGGUGUUCUUUUGAGCCAGGCAAAAAGCCCGCAUAUGUACUGGACCCGGGUACAAUGGACAGUUCGCUCUAGUCUAGGAGCAUCAUCCCCGGUGGACAGGGUCAGGUUUGAGCUUGCCUGGAGGAAGGUCGUGAAACGCCAUGCUGUGCUCAGAACUACAUUCACGGAUAUCGUUUCUUCAGAUGGUUGCAGUUACCAGAUGGUCUUGAAAGAAACCUCGCCCAGCAUUCACACGAUCCAGGGCGUGGACCCCGCAGAAGCGGUUGCAAUGUACAGAUCAGCCAGCGGGCUACAGCCGCGCCCAGUGCAUUCGCUCGUCCUUUGCCCAACUUCUCAUGGUGAUCUUUUAUGUGAUCUAGAGAUCAACCACGCCAUUAUAGAUGCCCUAUCCAUUCAGCUUUUGAAUCAAGAGCUGUGUGCCGCAUACGAUGGGAACCUCCGCACCGAGCCAGGGCCACUGUACAGUGAUUAUAUCCGGCAUCUCCAGACCUUGCCCACCGCAGAGGCGAAAGACUUUUGGCAGAAGCAAGUUGCGGACGCCCAGCCAUGUAUAUUCCCGACACUGAAUGAACCGGUUGCCCAAAAUACGGACACGGGAGCAAUUCACUCCCUGCCCAUCAGCCCUGAGACGAACUCCACCCUGCGCCAGUUUUGCAGAGCUAAUGACCUGACUCCUGCGAAUGUAGUCAGUUUGGCAUGGGCGUUGGUCCUGCGAACCUACACCGGUAGCGACUCUCUCUGUUACGGAUAUGUGGUAUCUGGACGUGACGUCCCCAUUCGCCACGUGGACCGAGCGGUUGGAACGUUCAUCAACAUGCUGGUGACACACGUGGAGAUCAAGAGCAACCCAACCCUUCUCACUGUGGCUCAAGAGAUACAGGAAUCGUACCUUAACGGCCUGAAAUACAACUACUAUCCCUUGGCGGAGGUUCUGCACACCCAAAGCACCGAUGGGCAGCCGUUAUUCAACACCGCCUUGUCCGUGGAGACUAGCAACGCCAGCCUUGCUAAGCCAGAAAUGGGUACCAUCGCGCUUGAGGAUGAGAAAGUGUUUGAUCCCCAUGAAUAUGACAUUGUCGCGUCGGUGCUACUGCUGGAUGAUAGACCUGAGAUCCUGAUUAACUACUCCGAGCACCUACUGUCAAAGCAGCAAGUCAGCGCAGUGGCUGACACAUUCCUCCAAGCCCUGGAAAACAUCAUCGUUCAUUCAGCGAGCGGCGUGGAAGAUCUCGAAAGAACCAUCAGCACUCAAGAUCUAACCACAAUCUGGGAGUGGAAUGCGAAUUUGCCGGAAAGCAUGUUGAGCUCGAUACCCGAAAUGAUUGCUGAGUGCGUGCAACAACAGCCAGACGCACUAGCAGUAUGUGCUUGGGAUGGAGAACUGACCUAUCGAGAACUGGACGAUUUAUCAUCCCGACUGGCACAUCAUCUUCUGGCCCGCGGGGUCAGGCCGCAUUCGAUCUUGCCACUGUGUUUUGAGAGAUCUCAGUCGGUGCCUGUGGCCAUGCUAGGCGCACUCAAGGCAGGUUGCGCAAUAACUACGAUGGACCCAGAGCAGCCAGAAGAGCGCUUACAGCUCGUGGUGAAGAAAGCAGAUGGUUUCAUUCUGACAUCUCCGGCCUGUCGAGACUUAGCAUGCCGCUUAGAGCUCGAGGCCAUUGUUCUGGAUGAACAAUCGCUCAGAGCCUUGCCUCAGCCCAACCUAUGCCCCUUACCAAAGAUCACCCCAACCGACAUGCUGUACCUAGUGUUUUCCUCUGGCACUACUGGGACCCCCAAAGGGUCCGUGAUGUCCCAUGGAAAUGCAUGUUCCGCAGUCCGCCACCAACAGGCACACCUAGGACUGCCACCUGCACCACGAAUGUUAGAUUGUUUGUCAUAUGCAUUCGAUGUUCCCUGGUUCAACUUCAUGCAUGCGUUUACCUCGGGUGGCUGUCUGUGUAUUCCCUCCGACAAACAGCGAAAGGACGAUCUCCCGGGCUGCAUCAGAACGCUGAAGGCCAAUUAUGUCCUUCUGACCCCAUCGGUCGCUAGGACAAUUGAUCCUGCAACUAUUCCUGACUUGAAGACCCUUUCCUUGGGAGGAGAGGCUAUCAGGGAGGAUGAUAUCACCCGAUGGCCCAAUCUCAGGCUCCUAGGCCUUUAUGGUCCAUCUGAGUGCACGGUCGUCACGACAAUUCACGAAUUCAAGGGAAGAAGAGACGAAGCCAGGACCUUGGGUCACACCUUUGGAUUGAAGGCUUGGGUGGUCAACCCUGUCGAUGGUAAAGGCCUUGCACCGCUGGGCGGGAAGGGAGAGCUCUGGGUCGAGGGUCCCCUCAUCGGACACGGAUAUCUUGGCGAGCCCGAGAAGACUGCGGCCAACUUUGUAGAAGACCCAAUCUGGCUUUUACGUGGUGCACCGGGCCACCCCGGACGAAGGGGCCGCGUCUAUAACACAGGAGAUCUAGUCCAAUCUCGCUCUGACGGCUCACUCCUUUAUAUUGGGCGCAAAGACACCCAAGUGAAGAUUCGGGGCCAGCGCGUCGAGCUGGCAGAAAUUGAACAUCACUUACAUCAGUCCUUGCCAGUCGGGGUCAAUGUGCCGCUGAUUGUGCAACUCGUCUGCCCUCAGGGUAGUUCGAACCCAGUGCUGGUGGCCUUCGUCCCAAUUGGAGAUGAGGCUUCCGGCCCACCCCACAUACUCAGAAAAGCACUGGGUCGGUAUACACAUGGAGUCGAGUCCCGCCUGACUCGGAGUCUUCCCAGCUAUAUGAUUCCUCGCAUGUAUUUCCCUGUUGCAGAGAUCCCUGUCACAACGACGGGAAAGACAGACCAGCGAAAGCUUCAGCAGAUGGCAUGCUCACAUACACUGGAACAACUGGCAGCGCUCCAGCCAUCGCAGCACAUGCGCCGUGCCCCCUCUACAGAGAUGGAAACGCGUCUCCAGGGAAUGUGGGCCGCUAUCCUGGAUAUAGACCCCGGUUCCAUUUCGGCAACAGACAAUUUCUUGCGUAUCGGAGGUGAUUCGAUUGGGGCUAUUCGGCUUGUUCGACUGGCCGCAGAGCAGAGCAUCAUCCUCACGGUGGCGGUUAUCUUCAGAUCUCCCACAUUAUGCGAUAUGGCGCAAGCGCUGAAGCUAGGAUCGGACUUCGUUCAAGAGGAAAUUCCCCCAUUUUCGCUUUUGAAAGCCGAGAUAGACACUUCGCAUGCCCAAUCACAGGUUGCAACGUUGUGCAAUCUAAGCGCGUGCGAUGUCAAGGAUAUUCUUCCGUGCACGCCUCUACAAGAAGGCCUCAUCUCUCUGACUGCAAAACGCCAGGGCGACUAUGUUAACCCCCAGGUGAUGCGUCUCAAUGACUGGGUUGAUGUGCCGCGCUUUCAAGAUGCCUGGAACCAAGUGAUCAUGCAAACCUCGAUCCUUCGGACCCGCAUAGUUGACCUUGAUGGACAAGGGCUGGUACAAGUGGUGACAACCCAGGUCCCUGAAUGGCAUUAUGGCUGCAGUCUAGACGUGCUCACUCAAGAACAUCUGAAUUUCCCUGUGACAUUUGGCACUGCCUUGGCCAGGUGUGGUUUGGUAGAUGGUGGUUUAGACGGGAAUCAGGAAAGGUACUUCCUGUUAACACUCCACCAUGCACUAUAUGAUGGAUGGUCAUUGUCACUCCUUCUGGCGGAGGUCAGCAAGGUCUACCACGGGACUGCAAGUGAUGGCCUUGCUCCUUUCAAUUCAGUGAUCAAGUACACCAGGGACCUCGGCGCCGAGGCCGAAUCAUACUGGCGAGAUACGCUGGAUGAUUUGGUUGCAGCACCAUUCCCAUCCCCACCAUCCCCUCUGUAUCAGACAUGUGCACGGGAUAUGCUGGAGCAUCAUGUUUCAGGGAUCAAGUGGCCAGAGAAUCAAAUCACGGCAUCAACAUCUCUUCGCACAGCCUGGGCAAUUCUCACAGCCCAUUACACUCAGUGCCCCGAUGUUAUCUUCGGGGCUACCGUCACCGGGCGGCAGGCCCCAGUACACCGCGUGGAACUAGUGGAAGGACCGACCAUCGCGACUGUGCCGGUCCGUGUGACUAUCCAGGAGAGGAUGAGCCUCAUCCAGCUGAUGGGGCAGGUGCAGGAGCAGUCCGUCGACAUGAUCCCCUAUGAGCAAGUUGGAUUACAAAGAAUCCAGAAACUAAGCACAGACGCCGAGAGAGCCUGCCAAUUUCAAACCCUGUUGGUAGUUCAGCCAGCACCGGACAGGACCAAGACUGAUGAACACGCCGCAAUCUUCCGCGAAGAGGACGAGAAUGGUAGCCAAGCGGCGCUUGGGAGCUUCAAUUCAUACGCCCUCCUGUUACAAUGUCAGCUGACAGCCACUGGUCUGUCCCUUCAGAUGAGCUACGACUCAGGUGUCAUGGGCGAACCGGAGGUGCAAAGGUUGGCCCUUCAGUUUGAACACUUGAUUCGUCUCCUGUGCGACCAAACCCAACAUCAAACUCCUGUUUUCCGUCUCAAAUCAAUCUGUGAAAAUGAUCUCCGGAGGAUCUGGGAGCUCAACUCGCCGGUGCCAGCCACAGUGGAAGAUUGCAUGCACGAUAUAAUCACCAAACAGGCCCAGCGGAAGCCAAUGUCCGAAGCUGUCGCAGCAUGGGACGGGAAUCUGACGUAUAGCCAACUAGACAGACUAUCCACCGACUUAGCUCAUGGCCUCGUCAACCAGGGGGUUGGUCCGCAUGCUACCGUAGCGCUCUGCUUUGAAAAGUCUAUGUGGACGCCCGUCGCAAUGCUCGGGGUAAUGAAAGCCGGUGGUGCAUCUGUUGCGCUUGAUAUCACACAGCCAGAGGAUCGUCUCCGGAAUGUGGUGAAUCAAGUACAGCCUGUGCUUAUUCUCAGCUCCUCGCACGCAAAGGAUUUGGCACAACUUCUCAUCAGCAAACCUGUGCUGGUUGUUUCUCAACACACCCUGGAUUCCAGCUCGCCGGACAGCAUAGAUGGUGCGAAAUUGCCUAUUGUCCAACCCGCAGACCGACUCUAUAUUUGCUUUACCUCAGGGAGUACUGGUGUUCCCAAAGGUUCGGUCAUGACUCACCAAAACCUAGCCAGUGCAGUUCACCACCAGCAGGACGCUUUCGGCCUCACCGAGUCGGCCAGAGUCUUAGACUUUUCAUCUUACGCGUUUGAUGCUUGCUGGUUGAACUUCCUUCACACGCUGGCAAUCGGUGCCUGCCUUUGUGUUCCCUCAGAUGAGGAGAGGAAAGGCGACAUUGCCGAGUUUGUGCGCCGCAUGGCCGUGAACUAUGCAUUCCUCACACCGUCCGCCGCCCGUCUGAUUAGCCCAGCCUCUGUGCCGGGCCUCAAGACCCUCGCACUCAUGGGCGAGGCGGUAGCACAACAAGAUAUCACGCAGUGGAAAGGCCAUGUCGAAAUCAGGAAUAUCUAUGGUCCUUCGGAAUGCAGCCUUGUCUCGACAAUUUUCGAUGUUUCGGGAAACAAGCACCACCCGAAAACUAUUGGCAUCGGAAGAGGAAUGUCCACAUGGGUAGUGGAGCCGGUUGAAAGCCUUCAAUUGUCGCCUUACGGAGCCAUCGGCGAGCUUUGGGUCGAAGGCCCUCUGGUAGGAUCGGGCUAUCUUGGACGUCCAGAUCUCACCAGUGUGUCGUUUUGCGACAGCCCCUCGUGGUUGCUGCAUGGCCAGCCCCCAGACUUCCUGGGCCGACCCAGCCGUCUCUACCGUACUGGUGACCUCGUCAGAUAUCAGCCGGAUGGAACUCUGCUCUACAUUGGCCGUAAAGAUGCCCAGGUCAAAAUUCGCGGACAGCGCGUGGAGUUAGCCGAAGUCGAGUACCAUCUGAACCAGGCCCUGCCCCCAGCCGCGGCGGAUGUGGGUGUGGCAGCCGAGGUCAUCAGCCCACAGGGAAGUGUCAAUCCAUUGUUAGUUGCCUAUCUAGCAAUUGGAGAAACCGCGCUGGGUCCACUGGAGACCGUCCGAGCAAAGCUAGCUCACUACACCCAAGGGGCAGUCGACCGCCUGGCAGACCGGGUGCCAAGUUAUAUGGUGCCCAGUCUCUUUCUGCCAGUGGACAGUAUCCCCAUCACAGUCGUCGGCAAGAGGGAUCGACGCCGACUGCAUGAGACAUGGGCCACUAAGUCCUUGGAAGAAUUGGCGGACUUGCAGCCAACUCGGGGCAACUACGAGGCACCGAAAACAGAUUUAGAGCGGCAAAUCCGUCUACUUUGGGCAGAUUGCCUGAAUAUCACCGCAUCUAGGAUCGGCAUUCACGACAACUUUUUCACUCUCGGUGGGGACUCGAUCUCUGCCAUGCAGCUCUCUGCAAAAAGCCGUUCGACCAAUCUCAACAUAGCCGUUCCAGACAUUUUCCGGUGCAAGACAAUCGCUCGACUGGCACUUGUUGUCUGUCCCUCAGUUGAUUUGAACGUGGUUCAUGUGCCAGAGGACCAGGGCGAGCCCUUUGAUCUCUCCCCCAUUCAGCAGAUGCUCGUCGAUACACAGCAUGGGGUUGCCAAUCAUUUCAAUCAAAGUUUCUUUGUGCAGGUGUGUCGGCCAGCCACACUCUCUCAGAUCAACGCCGCAAUGGAUGCUCUCGUGGCCCACCAUGGCAUGUUACGCGCUCGCUUCGAGUGCACUGGCGACAAUGUCUGGAGUCAACGUAUCCUCGCUCCUGGAACCCCAGGAAGCCAUCGCGUCAGUCAGCACGAGGUGGCAGGUUCUCAAGCUAUUUCGACGAUAAUAUCUCAGAGUCAGCUGUCUUUGGACGUGGAGAAUGGACCGGUCAUGGCCGUCGAACUUAUUAAUGCCCCCGAGGGCCAAUCCCUGUUCUUGGUGGCUCACCACAUGGUGGUGGACCUAGUUUCCUGGAGAAUCAUCCUGGGUGACCUGGAAGAUUUCCUGACCAAUGGAUCGAUAUCCGGAUUUACCUCGAUGUCCUUCCAGGCAUGGUGCAAGUUGCAAGCUGACCAUGCCCAAAGGAACUGCGAAAUGGAGUCGGUUCUUCCAUAUGGCACCUCACCUCUCCCACCCCUAGACCUGGCAUAUUGGGGUGAUGCCUACACUUCGAACAAUUUUGAAGAUGUGGUGACGGGACAAAUUGUCCUCAGCAAGCAAGUGACAGAAAGCCUGUUGGGGUCUGCAAAUACGGCUUUCGACACACAACCGGUGGAGCUCCUCCAUGCAUCUAUUUUGCAUUCCUUCGCCAACACAUUUUCUGACAGGCCAGCCCCAACAAUCUUUAGUGAAGGUCAUGGCCGGGAGCCAUGGACAUCUUCGAUCGAUGUUUCACGUACAGUGGGGUGGUUCACCACGAUGUUUCCUAUUGUUUCCACAGCACAGAAAGGCGACGACAUCCCCAGUUUCGUGCGAAGCGUCAAGGAUCUUCGACGCCAGAUGCCAGGAAAUGGCCGACCAUACUUUGCGUCUCGGUUCCUCAGUCCAGCUGGAAAGCAGGAUUUCCAGCUCAGCGGCCCCGUUGAGGUGAUGUUUAACUACCUCGGGCUUUAUCAGCAGCUAGAGCGGGAAGACGCCCUUUUCAACUUACGAAGUAUGCCAGAUGGGGUUGAUGACCUCUGCGAUAUCUCUGGAAAGCUGCCACGAUUUGCUUUGGUGGAUAUCUCCGCGUCGGUGGUGGAUGGAUGUCUGCACGUCGACUUCCUAUAUAACAAGCAUAUGCACCGCCAAGCCUCUAUCCGCGCGUGGAUCGAAGGAUGCGAGAACACUCUCCAGACAGCAGCGCAGGAGCUCCCUCUACUUCAGCCAAGCUAUACCCUGUGCAGCUUCCCCUUGCUAGGAAUGAAAGACACCGACUUGCCGACCCUCCAGCAGACUUUGACAGAGCUGGAUCUUUCUUAUGGGCAAGUGGAGGAUGUAUAUCCUUGCUCCCCUCUGCAGGAGGGAAUCAUCAUCAGCCAAAUCAAGAAUCCGUCACUUUACAAGACUCGGAUCCGGUGGAUGGCACGGUCUGUGCAGCCAAUGACACCUGUGGAUGUGAACCGACUUAAAAUGGCAUGGCAACAGCUGGUUGACCGACAUGCAGCCCUCCGCACUAUCUUCAUUGAUAGCAUCUCGGGCAGAGGGCUAAAGGAUCAGCUGGUGGUCAAAGAUCUCCAGGCAAGUGUACAUGUUGUCCAUCCCGCCCAAGAAGCAAGUUUGGAUGAUAUUCCCACAACAAAGCGAAAGUCGACCUCAACAUUAUAUCUCUCCCCAAAGGAAUCUGGAGUUUUGUGCGAGCUCUCUAUCGACCAUGCGUGUAUCGACGCUCAUUCUAUUGGCAUCCUUAAGGAUGAGCUUUGUGCUGCGUAUGCAGACGUUCUCCACUCAUCUAUUGCACCGCUUUACAAGGACUACAUCCAAUUCAUGCAGUCUUUGUCCACUGUGUCAGCUGAGCCUUACUGGCAAGACCAGCUCCAAGGGAUUGAACCUUGUAUAUUCCCACAUUUGAGCGACUCGGAUUCGGAGGAGCCACGAUCCCAAAACAAGAUUUCAACGACGUUUGGGCGGGAGAUGCACCUACAACUUCGCUCUUUCUGCAUGAAGCAUGGACUGACGCCGUCCAACGUUUUCCAUGUUGCUUGGGCAGUGGCACUGCGUGCUUAUACUGGCUUAGAUGACGUAUGCUUCGGCUAUCUUACAUCUGGUCGAAAUAUCCCUCUUCAAGAAGCUGAGAAGACUGUUGGCCCCUUCAUCAAUAUGCUCGUCAGUCGCGUUGACUUCGCCAGUGGACACUCACUUAAGGAAUUGGUACAGCGGAACCAAGAACAGUACCUGCAGAGUUUGGAGUUUCAACAUUAUCCGCUGGCGCACAUUUUCCACAUGACUGAUACGUUCGAGAAGGAGCUCUUUAACACUGCCAUGUCAGUCCAAGCCGGCGGAUCUGUGCCCAAAGACCUCAAAUCAGGGGUGAUACUUGAAGAUGAAGGAGGGGAUGAUCCAACUGAGUACGACAUCCUGAUAAACAUUGGGGUUGGAGACACAGAGACCGAAUUGAAUUUCAAUUUCAAUGAGUCGCUGAUAUCUGAACACUAUGCCAAGAGUGCCCUCGACGUGUUUCUGUGUGCAGUAAAUCAUAUUGUACAGCAUGGAGACCAGGCACCGCAUGAAACGAAUCUCAUCAGCGAUCAUGACCUCCAGACUGUCUGGGAUUGGAAUUCCUCCACAACAUCCCCAGUGAACCGAUGUGUGCAUGAGCUCAUCAUGGAGCAAGCAGAAAGGCAACCAGCAGCCGAUGCGAUCUGUGCGUGGGACGGCAAUUUCACAUACAAGGAGAUUGAUGGUCUAUCCACCCAGCUGGCAUUCCAGAUUCGCGAUCUUGGUGUCGGUGCUGGAGUCAACGUCCCUUUGUUCUUUGAAAAGUCUCGCUGGAUGUCUGUCGCCAGUCUGGCAGUAAUGAAGGCUGGUGGGACCAUGGUGAGCUUGGAUCCAGCUUUACCAGAUGAGAGACUACGAACUAUCAUCGAGCUGGCCCAACCUCUGCUCGUACUCGCGUCUGAAAGAACUCAUGUCAAGGCUUCGGGUCUUGCGCACUGCACGAUUCUCCCUGUGGAAGCUGCUUGCAUGACUCAAAUGGAUACGCCAUGUAAUGAUACGUUGCCCGCGGUCGAUCCUGCCGGUAGUCUGUACCUGGUGUUUACAUCUGGCAGUUCCGGGCAGCCAAAGGGAGUGGCUAUCAGUCAUACGAACUUCAGCACGGGCAUCACCCACCAAGGUCGCACCCUCAAGCUGUCCACCUCCUCGCGCGUCUUUGAGUAUGCUUCUUACGCCUUUGAUGUCUGCUGGGGCACUAUUUUCGCAACCCUUGGGGCUGGUGGCUGUGUCUGCGUGCCCGAAGAGUCGGAGCGCCGUGGGGAUAUUAGUGCAGCAAUGCGUCGCCUUGGAGUGAACUACGCAAGCUUGACCCCCGCUGUCGCGCGGCUUUUGGAGCCUUCCCAGACCCCGCUUCUUCAAACACUCGUCUUGGCCGGGGAGCCUGUAUCCCAGGCGGAUGUGAAACGGUGGAGCCCACAUGUCCAUCUCAUCAAUGCUUAUGGCCCCGCAGAGACUACCGUAUGGGUGACUUUUGCGGACCUCAGCACGGAAGCUUCUACUCCUCCUAUUGGCAAGGGGGGUGCCUGCACCACUUGGAUUGUUGACCCCCAUCGGCCCGGCCAACUUGCCCCACUGGGGUGCGUGGGUGAGCUCUGGCUCGAGGGUCCGCUCGUUGGACGUGGUUAUUACCGAGACCCAGAACGAACAGCAGCCGCGUUCAUUCACAACCCGCAAUGGCUGGUUCAAGGGCCAGGGGGCGCUCAAGCCUCCGGCCGGCAAGGAAGGCUUUAUCGGACCGGGGACUUGGUCCGGUAUAUGUCUGACGGCUCCAUUGUCUAUGUUGGAAGAAAGGACAACCAAGUUAAGAUACAUGGUCAACGGAUGGAACUGGAGGAAGUAGAAAAGCACAUCCAACAGGCCAUUCUGGCCGGUGCAGCUGCAACUGCCGUUGUCCCUGUGGUGGCUGCUAUCGUCAAUCCCCGAGGAACUACCAAACCCAUUUUGGCAGCUUACCUCGCCCUCGGCAGCCUGGCAACGGGUCCCCUAGAUGUGGUUCGCACAACUCUCGUUGCUUAUAUCGCUCUCAUCAACCAGUCUUUGGAGCGUCAUCUGCCAACCUACAUGAGACCGAGCAUCUACAUCCCUGUCGCGGAGAUUCCCACAACAACAAAUGGAAAAUCCGACCGCAAAAAACUUCAGGCCAUGGCAGCCAGUCGCAGUCUGUCCGAAUGGGCAAGCCUUCAGCGCGCUGAGACACAAGAGUGCUCAGUAUCGUCUUCCGAGGAAAAGGAACUGCAAAGACUGUUCGCUGAAGUGCUUAACAUCGACCAAGGUCAUUUGGGUGUGAACGAAAGUUUCUUCUCACUCGGAGGCGAUUCGAUCACGGCAAUGCAGCUUUCGGCCAAAUCGAAGUCUGCUGGCGUCUACGUCACGGUGGGUGACAUCUUUAGACACAGAACCGUCGUGCAGCUGGCAAAGCACACGACCGAUGUCGCGGCUUCUUCCACGCAACUGACAGAAGUCACGGACGAUCUGUUUGAGCUCUCUCCUAUGCAGCAGUUAUUCUUCGCUUCGCAGGGUGAGUCCAAGAAUAUGGCUAGUCAGUUCCUUCUGGCGCGCGUGUCACAUCCCCUGAACCCGGGCGAUCUCCGACGCGGAAUCGAAGCUCUGACAGUACGCCAUUCCAUGCUUCGAGCUCGCUUUGUGGAAGACGCAGACGGGCUCUGGAAACAGAAGAUCCUGCCCAGCCCAACAGACUGCUUUGUUUUCAACACCCACCAGAUCACCACCCUGGGCGAAAUCAAUGGUCUUCUACAAAGCAGCCAGGAGUCACUUGAUAUCUCGCGAGGCCCUGUUCUAGCUGUUGACCUGAUUGACUCGAGUCAGAAUGGGCAGUUCUUGCUUUUGGUUGCCCAUCAUCUUGUGGCAGACCUUAUGUCAUGCAAAUUAAUCUUUAGGGAACUGGAGAACUACAUGAUCUCAGGGGGAAUCACCGAACCCCCUCCGUUCCCUUUCCAAUCCUGGGCUAUUCUUCAAGCAGAGCAUGCUCGGGAUAAUUUGCCCCCGCAUGUCGCGUUGCCCAACGGAUCAUGCCCCCCUAGGCAUGAUUAUUGGGGACGGGCACCUGAAUACAGCGAAAACACUCUCGGAAAUUGCGCUCGAGGUAGCUUUACGCUUGACCCACCUUCUACCGAGAUGCUAAUGGGCUCGGCGAACUCUGCAUUUAAUACACAUCCCGUGGAGAUCUUCCAUGCAGCUCUUCUGCACUCGUUUGCUGAGAUAUUCGACGACCGUGACCCACCUCCUUUCUUCGCCCAAGGCCAUGGCCGAGAAGUCUGGGAUCCUUCCAUUGAUCUUUCGAGAACUGUUGGCUGUUUUACCACUCUCUUCCCCGUUUCAGCUUCUAUCACACGAAGCAACAGACUUGCGGAGGUAGUGCGUUGUGUCAAGGAUACGCGACGGCUGAUACCAGACAAUGGCUCGUCCUACUUCACGUCCCGGUACCUCAACCCAGCUGGGAAACAGGCUUUCGAGAUUAAUGGCCCCGUGGAGAUCACAUUCAAUUACACGGGCCCAGACCAGCAGCCAGAACAACCGGGUGCUCUGUUCCAGCAGGCCGACAUCGGUCUUACAGACUCCCCUGCUGGUGCUAAGAAUCUUUCUCGGCUUGCGCUAAUUGAUGUUGUCGCAACUUUGACACAUGAUCAGUUACGUUUUGAGUUCAUCUACAACAAGGAGAUGAGCGGACAGGACAAGAUCAUUGAAUGGAUCCGCAAGUCUGAGUGUUCACUCAGGGCUGCAGCGGAAGAACUCCCGUUACUGAGUCCAAGCUACACUAUCUGUGACUUCCCGUUGCUUUCUCUUCGCGACACAAGUCUGGAUGAGCUUACGAACAGAGUGCUCCCCGAACUUGGCUUUUCACCCAGCCAGAUCGAAGACAUAUACCCCGCCUCCCCAGUUCAACAGGGCAUGAUGAUAAGUCAGGCCAAGAGCCCCGGGCUCUACUGGACUCGAUUGCGCUGGACGGUGCAGUCAACUUGCGAAUCCCCAAUUGAUCUCGGCCGCUUGGGGAGGGCAUGGCAACUUGUUGUGAGACGUCACUCGGUCCUGAGGACGAUCUUUAUUGAUGGCGUUGGACCUAGCAAGGUGAAGAACCAACUCGUACUCAAAGAUAUUCCGGUGGAUGUCAUGAUAAAAUACACCGAUGAGGAAGUACCCCCGGUACCAAUCAGCAAGGUGAAAUGGCACACCGAUCUGUCCGCCAGGAGAAAUCAACCGCAGCAUUCUCUGGUUCUGUUGCGAACGGAGUCUGGUCGCGUGUUUUGCGAUUUGGAACUCAAUCAUACCAUGUUUGAUGGGUAUUCUCUCAGCCUGAUGAGACAGGAAAUCUGUGCAGCGUAUACCGGUACCCUGCCCACGACACCCGCACCCUCAUACAAAGUGUACAUUGAUCAUCUACAAAAAUUGCCGAUCACUGAAGGGAAGCAAUUCUGGAAAACAUACCUCGGUGAUGCUCAGCCAUGUCACUUCCCAACGCCAUCCCAACCAGAUGCAUCGCCGGGCCCACAGAAUCGCACAGUGCUAUCAGUCUCGCUCGAUCCUUCCACUCACCAAGCCCUGCUUGCUUUCUGCCAGCAGCGCGGGGUCACAUCCUCGAACGUGCUUUAUUUGGCCUGGGGGCUUCUUCUUCGGGCUGUCACUGGUUCGGACAAAGUCUGUUUCGGCUAUGCUACGUCUGGGCGUGACGCCCCCUUCCCCGGUGUUGACAUGGUUGCUGGUCCUCUCAUCAAUAUGCUUGCCUGUGUCCUCGAUUUCGGGGCUGAUGCUUCUGUAUGGUCGGUUAUUCAAAAGGUUCAGCAAGACUAUCUCGCAGCGUUGCGAUACCAGUUCACCCCACUUGGCGAAGUGAUGGAGCUUUCUGGGAGUUUCGGCCAGGGGCUCUUCAACACUGCCGUAUUUGCUCAAGUGGGCCCCACUUGUAGGCAACGGAAUCAACACGACAUUUCAAUCGCAGACCAGACCGGCCGAGGAUCGCCAGAUUACGAUAUUGCCUUGGCAUUCUCCCAGGAUGAGAUCGAGACUAAGAUUUCGUUCGACUGCGCGGCCCUCACACUAUGUGAACAAGGAGCACAGAGCCUUGCGAGGCUGUUCCUUCGAGUUGUUGAGGACAUCAUCCUGGCCCCAGAUCAAAAAGCACAUCGCGUCAGUGUGAUCAGCGAGCAAGAUCUGCAGAGCCUCCAGACCUGGAAUCCAACAGGUUCCCAGACAAUUCAGCCUUGUGAGAGCGUAAUGAAACAGGGCGAGCCAUGCCGCAACCUGGACUCUCAGGCGAUUAGUGAAGGGACACUUGCCUAUUGA